AUGAUUUCACGAUGGAAUACUCGCAAGUUUGGCAAAACCUUGAGCGAGAAUUUAUGCCACAUUCUAAAAGAGAUACCUAGUCACAAUCAGAUUCUGGCAGUGCAACCCCAAAUAGUGCCAUUUUUAAGUCAACUGAUAUCAUUUAGCCAAUUGACUGAAUCUACCCCAGCACGAAAGAUUAUUUUGCUUGAUGAGCAGGCUGAAAAUAAUAUAAGGGAUAUAGUAGUCGGUAUGGAAGAUAUGACGCUUGUAUUUAUUAUAGAUAUACGUACCGAACUUAUUGUCCCAGAUAAAUUAACUAGAAUCUUGGGUGAAUUCAGAAAUCAUGGUGCAAAUGUCAUAUAUUGUACAUGGAAGAAUCAAAUUUCAAACCGGCUGCUAGAUAGUGAGGCAGAGCAUCAGGUCACAAUUCCUCACUUUAUUAAAUCACAACUAAAAAUGUUUGAUGAUAUUGGACUGUAUGCUUGGAAUAUACUACCUGUACCCGAGGUUGACGACAAUCUGUUGCUGUGUGACCUAUUGUUCAAUAAUGAAGGAGACAAUAUGUAUGCGCCCAGCAAUUAUUCAAUGCAAGGUGCUACUAGGGGUAUUCUUGUGGAUAAUAUGGUUAAUUGUUUGCAGAGUUUAAUCGAAGAGACGAACUCAACAGUCACACAUACCGUAAGUCUUGGCGAUGAAUCUAAGAAGUUUCUGGAUCUAUUACAUAAGAGGAUUGAGGAUAAUACAGACCGGAAGGAGCAUUUCAUAAAGGAUACAUUGUACGGGGAAAAAUAUAGCGGUUUGGAGACUGAUCUAAUUGUUUUAGAGAGGGAUAUGGAUCCUUUGACACCUUUACUGACUCAGUUGACUUAUGCUGGACUACUGGAUGAUUUACAUGAGUUUAUGCCUGGUGGUAAACUGAAGUAUGUAGAAAACGUCACACUGAAAUACCAAGAUGAUGAAAUUUGGGAUAGCCUUAAAUAUAUGAAUUUUGGAGCUUUGGGACCGAUGCUUAACCAGUCAGCCAGAGAAUUACAAGAAAGUUACGACUCGAGACAUAAAGCGGAAAGUGUUGGAGAAAUUAGACAAUUUGUUGAUUCGUUAGGUUCGUUACAGGGAAAGCAAAAACUCCUUAAGAUGCAUACUUCUUUAUCGUCAGACAUAUUAGGAGAUGUAGCAAAUAACGAGGACUACAACUUCAAUCGUGUUCUGGAAAUCGAGCAAGAUCUUUUGUUGCAGAAUUUGGAAAACAAAGGUAGUUACGACGCUAUCAUGGAUCUAAAUUACGAAAAUCAAGUCGAAAUGAGACGUAUUUUGAGACUUGCUUGCAUAUCCUCGGUCUGUAAGGACGGAUUAAGAGAUAAAGAUUAUGAAUCAAUGAAGCGGGAACUCAUUGAUAGCUAUGGGAUUGAAAUUUGUUUUCAAUUACAAAGAUUAACACUUGCCGGCUUGUUCACUAGUAAAUCAUUGAUUGCCGAUAACAUUGUAAGUCCAUUUUGGAAAAGAGAAUAUAGGUACAUAUCGUCUUGGCUGGAUACACUACCACCCAUCGACGAUGAAGAAGGAGACCAAAAUGGUCUUGAGGGGAAAAAUGACGCAACUCAUCCCAAAGAUGCUACUUUUGCUUAUUGUGGUGUUGUACCGCUAACAACAAGAUUUAUCCAGUUAUUAUAUGAUCGAACGGUAUUGAGUAAAAACUACUCAUCUCAGCAACCAUUUAUUCUCUCCAGAGAACCAAGUAUUGCUAAAACUGGAGAGCUCUUCGAACAGAUUUACGGUACGGCAAGUGUAGCAAAGCAAGAGAGCUGGCUGCCGCCUGUUCGCAAAAACAGGAGAAGAGUUACUAUCGGUAAAAGUGAUAAGAAGAAAGCUAAUGAUAUUGCCAUUAUUGUAUUUCUGGGAGGCGUUACAUUGGGUGAAGUGUCAACAAUAAGAUUUCUUCAAGAUAGAUUACGUGAAAAAGAUAUUAACAAGCGAUUCAUUAUAGUAAGUGAUGGGCUAAUAAAUGGUAACCGUACCAUUGAUAGCGCUAUUAACGUCAAGCUCCGUACGACUCCAACAGAUAUUUGA